GCACUGGGACGUUCUAAGGUAAUUCAUUGCGAUGAUACUACGGUGGGAAAAAAAAGCAUCCCUGAUGAGAACAUGACCCUCGACAGACUUCACUGGUGUGACUCAAAUACCUUUAAAAAGCCCCAAGGACAUUUCCAUCUAGAUGCAACUAUGCCGUCCAACCAAGCCAAGAAGGAUCUCGAUUCGCCACACACCUAGAUAAUCUAGUCUCUAAGUCCAGAUUCGGAUCGUACACGACAUAAGCACCGCAGCCAUGGUCACGGUAGAAGUUCAACCUCCCACACAAGCCCAAGCCGGGACGGUGCUGUACCCACCGCUGGUGGUUAGCUCCGACAGCAGCGCCGCCUACGACUUUGUACAGGUCGUGCUCAUCGACCCGUAUGGGCGAGUCCUCGAGGACCAGCUUUUUGGCACACUUACAACGUCCAGCCAGACCCUAGACGAUAGGGCUGGCUCCCGAGGCAGUAGCAGCAGGUCGUUGGAGUAUGCUGUGUUUCCCGACCUGGUCAUUAGCUACGCCGGCUCCUACGCGCUCCAAGUGAGCGCCAUCCGCAUGGACUACAGCUCUCCCGACGGGCCAGCUGCCGUUAUCGCGAUGUCGACAAUAACCACCCGAAUAAACAUCUAUGACGAAAGCGUCGCCGCGGAGAUCCCGUCCCCUGACGAGCAAAGCCUACUGCGAAGACUGCGUCGCCAUGGUGGUUUCGGCGUCCCGCGUUCCCCCCACAACACAUGAAGAUACAAUUUGGGCAUGACGAGUGGAAUUGUAGGCGUAUGGGUUAUUUGGGAAUCGACUUGCUAGGGAGCGGGUGUUUAGGGGCAACUCAGUGGGCAUGGUAUUGUGUAACGGGAUAUUUCCUUGCUUGUGUAAACUAGAAACUUAUAGCAUUGACUGCUAGUCAUGUCGUUCGACAUCACUGAUAUACUACUUGGGAGACUCUACUGGGCGGACAUCUCGGAAAUUUCAAUAGCUAAAGAAAGUAUCAGCGAUGAAACCACCUCGCUAACCCCAUUCGCGUCUUUCUUCUGCUGAUUCUUCUGUCAACGAUAGCAUGCGCUUUAGGCAGGCA